UCUUGUAUUGGUAUAAUGGCUGAACUACGUGAUCAAGUAUCCCAGUACAUAGGCUUCGAACCAAAUGAAAUUCACCUCCCGAUCACAGAAGAGGAUAGGUGGCUAUUUAGUAAGAUAAUAGCAGAUCAGGAAGGAAUGGCAGAUAUUGUAACGGGUAACAGAAUCCAUAUUGGAUGGUUAUUUCCAUUUACGAUGGCCCAAGCUAAAAAAGUCUUGAUAAAUCCGCCCGAAGAUUUAUCAGAAAAGGUAUUAGCUCAUAUCCAAAAAAGAUUCGAAGAAGUCCCAUUAGCGCCA